AUUAAUUUUAGCGUGUAAUGGAAACUGUUGAAGACUUUUCAAAAGAGAAAGAUGCUGCUAAGUCUAUGCUGAAGCUGGUAGAAGAGAGCAUACAAGAGCAGAAGGAGAAGAAAGAAAGAGUAAAGUCUUCUCUCUGUCCCUCUUCUAAUUGGAAUGCAGUCAGAAAAGAGAAGAAGGAAAAGAAGGAAAAGCCAAAGAAAAAGAAGAAGAGGAAUGCGAAAGCUGAUUCUAAGGAAGCAGAGAAUAAGGGUGGACCCAUAGUUGAGCAAGUCUUCUAUCCCCAGAAAUUUAGCAACUCUAAAGCACUCACUCCUAUUGUGGCAGUUGAUUGAGAAAUGGUCGAAGUUGACCACGAUAGUGAUGCUCUUGCAAGAGUCUCUAUUGUUAACUAUAAUGGUCAUGUCUUGUUGGACACAUUUGUUAAGCCAAGAGGAGUGAUUACUAAUUAUAGAAGCUGGGUCAGUGGAGUAUAUCCUUCCUCCAUGAAGAAUGCAAUGCCUUAUAAUGAAGCCAGAGAGAAAGCAGUCGGAAUUAUGAAGGAUAGGAUCGUUGUUGGCCAUAGUUUAAAGCAUGACUUUAAAGUUCUCAACUGGGAACCUCUUCAGCAUAAUAUGAGAGACCUUAUUACAUUUAAAAAAUUCAGAGAUGAAGCGAACAAGCAUCCAAAGUCAUUAAAGAAGCUAACAUCAGAAUUUCUUGGAAAGACUAUCCAGACUAGUGCUCAUAGUAGUGUGAUCGAUGCAAGAGCAGCUCUCGGAUGAUAUCGUAUAGUUGAACACCAAUGGAACCAGAUAAUCAAAUCCAAGCUCAGCAAAGUUAAAAGGAUUAAGAGAGAGGGAGAAAGCACAAUUUUAGGAUUUAAAAAGAGAGAAAAGAGUUAA